CAACCUAGUGCGAACCAAGGAGCAGGCAGGGGUGCAGGAGCGGAUCUCGGAGUGAGAGGGGUCAUUACGACGGAAACCAGAAGAGGAGCUGGGAAUGAAAAAACUGAAGUCUGAUGCAGACGACCCUCAGCACUCCAGCAUGCAUCAGCAUACACCAGGGUCCCCUCAGCAGGCCAGGGUCCGUGGCAGUCGUGUCAGUUUCCCUGUGAUACACAUUGACAGACUGAGAGCAGCCAAAGCUCUAGUGGCCAAGGCUGUAAAGGAAAAGAAGGUGUUCUCGAUUCAGGGGCCAUACCCUGUGAUUCGUGCAGCUCUCAGGGCCAGAGGCUGGGUGGAGCGUCGACUGCCUCGCCACUCUACACAGGCUCAUCGCCAUGGCAACCACGAUGCUGAGGAGACCGACAGCAGCAACGACGACGACCGGGGACAGGAAGGAGACAAGGAGGAUGAUGCUGAUGACAUGUACAACCUCAUGUCUCGUCUAGUACACAAUGAAAUGACGUAUUUCUACUGGACUACGAAGAGAGAUGCAGUCGACUAUCAGUCUUUACAAAAAGACCAGAUGACCAAUCACUAUGCAAAAGCAGGAUCCUUCACCACCAAGGUGGGCUUGUGCAUGAGUUUGAGGAAUCUGCAGUGGUUCGACUCGACGGAUCCUGACACUUUCUUCCCACGCUGCUAUAGACUGGGAGCGGAGGACGAAAAGCAAGCAUUCACCGAUGACUUUAGACAUACUGCGUGUAUGAGCCUGCUCCGGUAUGUUGUAGAGAGAGCUGGAGGGAGUGCGGAGAAGGACAGAACAGGCGAAAUCUAUCAUGUUAAACAGCCUCAGGGUGUGGACAAGCAACAUAAACCGCAAGCUAAGCAGAGGAUUGGAGUUGGACUGAUCGAGACAGCACUGCGUGUGUGUCAGGAAUAUCUAAACAGCCUGGAACACUGUGACAUAGACAUCGCUCUGGAAGCCCCACCCACUCUCUCAGAGCAACAGUGGACAAACUUUCUCCACAGCUACUACCUGGUCAUUCAUGAUGGUGUGAUGUUAGAGGGAUGUAUGGAGAAUGCAGAGUGCUGUCAGUCCAUGCUAGCCCGAAUGCAAAAGGUCUGUUCACAGCUGGAGACUGAUGGAGUAAAUAACAUCUGGAUCAUUAAACCAGGAGCUAAAUCAAGAGGCAGGGGUAUAGUGUGUAUGAACAGACUGGACGAGAUCCUGGCUUUAGUGGACAGUGACGCGGCUCUGGUUAAAGACAGUAAGUGGGUGGUGCAGAAGUACGUGGAGCGCCCCCUGUUGAUCCACGGCACUAAGUUCGACCUGCGCCAGUGGUUCCUAGUGACCGACUGGAACCCGCUGACCGUGUGGUUCUACCGUGAGUGUUACCUGCGCUUCUCCACCCAGCUCUACUCCACACACAGACUAGACAGCUCCGUCCACCUCUGCAACAACUCCAUUCAGAAAUAUUUCCAGCCGAGCGCAGGACGUGACCCAGCGCUGCCUGCUGAGAGCAUGUGGUCAUGUGCCGAGUUCCGCUCCUGGCUAUCGGCUUCGGGACGAGGUGACCUGUGGGAGGACGUGGUGCUUCCAGGCAUGAGGAGAGCCGUGAUCCAGACGCUGCUGACGGCGCAGGACAGCGUGGAGCCGCGCAAGGCCAGCUUCGAGCUCUACGGAGCAGACUUUCUCCUUGGGUGUGACCUCAACCCCUGGCUGCUGGAGGUGAACGUCAGCCCCACCAUGGCCUGCUCCACGGCUGUCACUGCCCGACUCUGCCCCGCCGUGCAGGAGGACACACUCCGCGUGGUGCUGGACCGACACUAUGACCGCAACACCCACACCGGAGGCUUCCAGCUCAUAUACAAGCAGGCACCAGUGGAGGUUCCUCAGUAUUUAGGUGUCAGCCUUCUAGUAGAAGGAGCUCAGAUCAGACAUCCCCAUUCAUCCCACACUAAAACAUUCAUCCGGUCUCAUUACAAAUCUCUACACAAAUCCAGACGUGUUCUCCAACCUCACACUCAUCCUUCAGGCAAGAAGAACCAGUGUGAGGAGGAGAAAAGGACCUGGCCAAUCAUCUCCACACAAAGGCUCACGAUGGAGAGAGCUUUUACGUUACAACCUCUGCUGGAGAAAAGACGCCAGAGACUGGUGUUACCCUCAUCCUCAGGUCCUGCUGACCGUCAUCACCUUCAUACCUCACACACACAUCAUACACAUGUACGCUCAGAGCCGACACACACACACACUCACACACACACACGCAGGACCCAGAGACACGUGCUCGCUCUGCACCGACUGGAACCUUCGCUGGAGAUCAUCAAUCUCCACCCUGGAAUCUCAUACAAGGGAUUUUACCAGCAGAACACACACACAAAUACACACACUCCUCUCACACACACCGUCCAGGUGUCUUACCCUCCUAGUGUCGUACGCCUCCACCAGUUCAUCUCACCACUCCACAGAAACAAAACACACACAACAACAAGAGACUGUACGAACCAACCCGAGUAA